AUGGCCUCCAAUCCUAUUGUCUUGAUCACCGGUGCCAAUACUGGCCUUGGCUUUGAAACAGUCAAGGCGCUGUUCCGCUCAUCCAAGAAAUAUAACGUCUUACUCGGGGGGCGAAGCAUUGACAAAGCCAAUACUGCAGUCCAAGAGGUGCGAGCAGAAUUCCCCCAAAGUUCCAGCGUGGUGGAGGCGGUGCAGGUUGAUAUCGAGGAUGAUGGCUCGAUUUCCAAGUUCUUUGACCAUGUUUCCUCCAAGUAUGGACGUCUGGAUGUUUUGAUCAACAAUGCAGGUGGCCAAUUCGACCAGCAGUUGGCGGCCGGCAAGAUGACCACGCGAGAGAUGUGGAACAAAUCAUGGAACGUCAACACGACCAGUACAUACAUCCUCACCCAUACACUUAUGCCUCUGCUGCUAAAAUCCUCGGAUGCAAGACUCAUCUUCAUCACAAGCGGCAUGUCGACAAUGACCGAACACGGAAACCCGCCAUCGGCGCUGAAUUUGUCUCCGCCAAAGGGCUGGCCUAAGCAAGAGCCCGGCUUCCCAGCCUACCGAUCCAGCAAGACCGGCAUGAAUAUGAUGAUGCGAGAGUGGACCCGAAUGCUGAAAGCGGACGGUGUCAAAGUCUGGUGUGUCUCGCCUGGCUUCCUGGCUACGGGGCUCGGAGGCAACCAGGAGAUGAACAAGAAGAUGGGCGCUCUUAAUCCUUCUAUCGGGGCGGAUUUUGUUCGAGAUGUCGUCGAGGGUGCAAGGGAUCAGGAUGUUGGGAAGGUCAUUCGUCGCGAUAAUGUUCAGCCAUGGUAG